CUUACUCAUCAGUGUACGGCUUCAAUCAUUAUAACUUCCUCCUCCUCCUCCUCCCCAUUUCUAUCUUCCUUCUCCUCACCUCUCUCAUUAUCAAACCAAACACCUAAACAACUCUCUUUGUGAGUUCAAAGAAAGCAUGACCAUCAGCGAUCAGUUUCCUUGUGGGUUAAGAGUCCUUGUCGUAGACGACGACGCUUCCUGUCUGAUAAUCCUCGAGAAAAUGCUUCUCCGCCUCAUGUACCAAGUUACCAUCUGCUCCCAAGCCGACGUCGCUUUAACCCUCUUGAGAGAAAGAAAAGGCUGUUUCGAUCUGGUCUUGAGCGAUGUUCAUAUGCCUGGUAUGAACGGCUACAAACUCCUCCAGCAAGUCGGUCUCGAGAUGGAUCUUCCUGUCAUCAUGAUGUCUGUUGAUGGAAGAACAGCGACGGUAAUGACGGGAAUCAACCACGGAGCUUGUGAUUAUCUUAUUAAGCCGAUUCGUCUUGAAGAGCUCAAGAACAUAUGGCAACACGUGGUUCGCAGGAAGUGCACAAUCAACAAGAACAGUAUCAGCAGCAGCAGCAGCAGCUUGGGGAGUCUUUUCUCUGUUAGUGGAGUCUCAGAGGGGAGUUUGAAACGUAGGAAGAACAAGAGAAGGGUUGAUAGUGAAGAAGACGAUCUUCUUGAUCCUGGAAACAGUUCCAAGAAGUCGCGUGUUGUUUGGUCCAUGGAGUUGCAUCAACAAUUCGUUAAGGCCAUAAACCAUCUUGGAAUCGAGAAAGCUGUACCAAAGCGGAUUCUUGAGUUGAUGAGUGUGCCUAGCUUAAGCAGAGAAAACGUCGCUAGUCAUUUACAGAAGUACCGAUUGUAUUUGAAGAGAUUAAGUGGUGCAGCUUCUCAGAGUAGGGACGCUGAGUCUAUGGAAAGAUAUGAAAACAUUCAAGCUAUGGUUUCCUCUGGACAGAUACAUCCGCAGGCAUUAGCUGCCUUGUAUGGUCGACCAAUAGACAAUCAUAUGUCUGGUGGUUUUGGAGUUUGGAUACCUACUGACAAUCAUCUUGGUGGAUCUAAUGUAUCAUCAGCUUCUAACCGGUGUUUUGGGGCUUUGGACAGUCCUUCAUCUGUUGCUGCUUCGAUGUCUGUUCAUGGUUUAUCUUCCUCUGGAAAUGUAAGACAGCAAGGUAAUGGUUUCAGCAACAACACAGACUACAGAAUCAGACAAGGGAAUGGGUCAGGCAUCAGUGAAGAAUCUUGGAUCUUGGGAAGACCUUUAAGACAGCGAAAGGCUUAAGAGGAGUAGACAAGCAUUGGUUAUGUAACUUUUCCUUCAAAUCUCUAGAAUGGAUUGAAGUUGUAAGGAAACUUGUAUGUCUACAAAAUGUUAGGGGUAAGUGUAAGAAGAUGAUGAAGAGUUUAGGACAAAGUCCUGUGUUUGUAUUGCUAAUACAAGUAGAGUUACGUUUAAUGUGGAGGCUUGAGACUAUCUAUGAAUGAAGAUGGAUGAGUAUUUACAACUCUA